AUGUUCCCAAUGCUUGUUUCCACGCCCAUUGGGAUGGUCAAGGCCGUCGGAGGCUAUGCUUUACUCUUCUCUCUUCUCAUAACCACUCUCGCUCACGGCGUAGACCCGAGCGCGGACCUGAGGACUACCGUUCAAUGGGACGCUUCCACCAGUGAGCUUGAUCUCACAGGCGCCAUCCUCCAGCGGAAUAUGAAUGCCAAUGUCAUCCUACAGCGAGCUGCGGUCCUGCUCAAAGAUCGACUGUCAGAUUCAGGGCUACUGCAGGAUGCCGCCAUGGAUCUGCUGCGAAUCUGUAAGUCUGCGACAGAUACUGAGGAUCCCAAGCAGGCCAGAGACCUGGAAGGCAAAGCCAAGAAGAUCUAUGGUGUGCGUGCCGCUAUGAUCGAUAUGGACAGUGCAUCAGUCAGCGUCCCUCGAAGUUGUGCUGUUCUGCUGAACCCGGGACAACGUGCAUGGUUCCAUGCAUCGAAGGCAAGCUUGACCGAUGCAGCGAACCUUCCAUCGACAAGAGAGCUCGACUCUUGUCUGAAGGAGCUCUUCAAGGUCGACAACAUGUGGACAUCGUUCACCAGUCAUCGGCAAGAUGCAAACACUCUUUGCGAGGUGCCAGGUACGGAGAAUGCAUCUCGAAUGAUCGUGGAACUUCUCAAUGAUGUCAACAGCAUCAUUCCUGAAUGGGUGCAGACAUUUCGAUUCGAACAAGAGGCGCAUGCUGCCCAACUCGAGAUGCGUAUGUCCUUUCUGCGACAGAUCCACGACAUGGAGCAACAACGCAAAGAUGACAUCGAGCAAGAGCGUCAUGAUGUGCGAAAGAAGAUGAUAGAGUUUGAACGGAUCUGGACGGCUCAGAUCGACAAAUUGGCGACUAACGCAAACGCCAAGAUGAGUGAUCUGGGUGGUCAGGUUGAGCAGAUGCGCGGUGACUUGGAACAUUAUGCUGGGCACUUCUUGGUAGCUCGCAAUGGGCACGAAAAUUUGCUGGCUGCUUAUCAAGCGACAUUCUUUGAGCUACUGCAACAGCAGAAGCAUGGCAUGACUGACAUUGAUCUCGCGAUCCAAUCGCUCCUUGCUUCCUCCGAGCAGGCCAGCAACGGCAUUGCACUCCAGUCCGAUGCCGCUUCGCAGCUGCUCAAGAACGCCAUGAGAGACGUUGCAGCACGACAUGCUGAGCUAGCCGGUGGCCAGCUCGAAUUUGGCACGACACAGCAAGUGCAACUUCGGCGACAGCGAGAAUCUCUGGCCUUUACCGAGCAGCUCGAAACCAAGAUUGCCGAUUCGAUUGGGGAGAUCAACAUGCUGCUGAAGCGUGCUGAACCAGUUCUGAAGGUCGUUAAUGCUGUCGUGACGAGGAGAGUCGGGACCACGUUCAUGCUUGUCUCUGGCUGUGCUGCAGUUUCAAUCCUUCUGAUGUCGAUGGGUUACAUCCGCUAUGCUGUCACGAUCAUCUGCUUAUCUGUACUUGGCUGGGCUAUACGUGCUGUGGCAUCUGAAGUCUUCGCUAAAGACCUACAUGUGCAGUGGAGAGUUGUUCCUAAAGGCACGCACAAUCCGUGGCUGGGACUUGUCUUUCUACUUACCUUUGCAUCAACGUUCGUUGCUGUCAGACACUACCGAUCUCGGCGAUGUCAAAGAAAUGGCCACCGGGUAGUACAGGAGAAUAAGAUGAGGUUAUCGAGGACGACUCACGAAAGUCUCCGACGAAAGACUGAGGCACUACCUACAUCUCGUCGAGCACAGACUGUGGAGCCGGAUAUGAUAGGCUUUUAUUGA